UACGCAUCGAAUUUGCAGUUUCGCGCCGAGAUCUGUGCCGCAAGCGCUCCUCAGACGCUGGCGAGCAGGUUUCAUCACCUUAUCAAUCACACGAAGCGGUCUGGACGAAGAAAAGCUGCGGCACGGGGCUAGAUCAGGAGCAGCCACAAAGCUGCCAAAGACGGAUGGAAGCGCGCUUCCUCGAAGCCGAGCCCCAGUCGCCGAAAGAAGAAGAAACGACAUCCAUCGAGGCGCGCGUCGAGCGCUACGCCGUCAACGGCACGGUCGCGACGUUCGUCGUCCGGGCGUCGAGCGGUCCGACCGAAAGAACGUUGGGCGUGACCUACGAGCAGUGCCGGCGGUUGCACGAGCGGUUGCGGGAUGAUGGUGGUGUUUUAUAUGCGGCGAGGGAUCGCUUCCCGAAGCAGAUUCGGGGUCAAAGAUUAGGCUUGCGGCCGACGCCAAGACAAGCUUCAGACCAGUCCCAACAGCUGGACGCGUGGCUCCAGUUGUUGACAAGAAGGACGGAUGACCUCCCUCUAGCCUGCCAGAAGGCCGUGAGGAGUUUCCUCGAGCUCGACAAAAAGGGCCCCUGGACCACAGCUGAUAGAGCUCCUGUACAAAGGGGCCUCUUCAAUAGAGAUUCGGUCACGUCGCAACGACGGGUGUAUCCUCUGGGCGACCCGCAGUCGCUGCCGGUGUGGAAAUCAACCAGGCGUGGCCGCGCUGGUUCCGUCGAGCGGUGAGCAGGUGUCGCGUCGAUGGCGUGGAGGUCGACGCGGUGAUCCAGGAGGAAGGCGCCGUAACGCCGUCGCGGCGAUGGCGUCGCGGCGAUGGCGUCGCGGCGACGUGAUCUCAUGAGGCGAGACAACGUAAAAUUUGAUGUCCACGCAGGUCGCUGCCCGGCGUCACGCGGCGAGGCCGCCUGGACUGUUUAAGGAACGGCGCGUGGGUCCCCGCGCACGUGUUACUCACACAUUUAUCCUUGCUGGUGUUCGACCCCGUGAACGAAAGUGACGGGCGGUUACUGCACCACGUCCACGUCACGGACAUCCUCUCUAUCCUCAGACACGGCGAGGCCGGGGUGGACGCGCCACCCUUACAUCAUCGGUGCUUUGCUUUAGGAGGUUUGGAUGCGUCGAAGACUGUAGAACUCAGAGCGUCUUCCGCAAGGGAGUGCCUCGCGUGGUUACGAGCCGUGGCUCGCGCGCGCGAUCGGGCUCUGCGGGCCGUGGCUCGGCUCGACGCGCGAGCGCGGGGCCACGACCUCUGUUUAGCUACCCUAGUGGAUGCGAGGAACAAGGAGACGUUGCUGUCAAGGGAGACGGACGCCUACGGCUGGAGAAGGCCGUUACGAGUCGACUGUCGCUCGAUGAAAGCGAGAUUGGAUCUGCGGUGCGGCCGUCGACCUGGAUGUUGGGGAUUUGGUGCGAAGAGCCCACCACGACCAUAGGAGGGGGCUCGGCGCGCCGUCGUCGGCGGAACACGCCAUCGCCGCGGCAAAAGUGUCGAGAAGCGCCUUCUGGGCGUCGGUCGAGACCGAAGAGCAAGAGGACACGGACGACUCGAAUUUGGAGGUGCUGGUGGCCGUCGACGCUUCUGUUCUACUGGAGGCGUCCAAGAACGACGACGGCGCCGCCGUGCCGCGCUGGGCCGCUGUGCUCGCUCGAAGUGCCUCCGAUUUGGUAAAGGAGCCCGCGCGCGGCCUCGCGUCGCUUCUCGAACCUUACGUCGGCCGGCCCGCCGCCGAAUCGAUCGCAUCGAUGGCGUCGGUGCUGCUUCUGGUGCAUUUGAUACGGCGCUACUUCCUCGGAAGGAGUCUGAUGUUAGUGAAGGAACACGGCGCCUACCACCUCAAGGCGUCGCUCGGGUCGUUGCUGGGUCUCGCAUUUCUAGUAUUCAUCGUCUUCGCGUUGGCCGCGGCCGCGGCGGAGGUCGACGACGAGGAGCCCUGUUCAGCUUUACGCUACGCGCGGAGCAAGGGCGGCUGCGUCGACGUCCGCUUGGUGGACUGGCGCUGGCGCCAGUCCGACGUAAGUGAUGAAGAAGAAGACAAGCCGGAGAGCGAGGACGCGCGACUAGCGAGGGAGGCUUGUGCAAGGGCCUCCAUCCCGCUACCGGCGGACGUACCUCGAAGAUUCUUGUUGGCUGUGCGAGGCGAUAAAGAUGAAGCGCGGCGGCGCUGGGCCGAAACUACGGUAUGGAGGCAACGGAACCAUCCGAGGGAGGUCCAACUAAGGCCGCAGCCCCACUUCGAAGCUAUUAAACGGCGACAUAUCCAUUUCUUACAUAAAAGGGACAGAAAAGGACACCUCUGCUCCUACGAAGUCAUCGAUAGACCGAAUGCUACGUUCCGACAACUUAUUGACGAGGGCGUUUCCAUAGAAGAUAUCGUAGAACAUAUGCAUUUCGUCGCGUGCUGGACCUACGCUACUUUGUUGGAUGAUGUGGACGAGGUUGGUCGAAGGCCGCUCGAUCCCGGCGGGUACUUUCUGAAGAUCAUCGACUGCCGCAAUGUGGGUCUCGGGGACUGUGGGGGGAGCUGCCUGAAGUACUUUAACUUGGUAGGUGCGGUGAACAGGCACUCGCCGGAGCGCGUGUGGCGGACCAUCGUGAUUAACGCGCCGGCGGCCUUUGGGGUGGUCUGGUCCAUCGUGUCGCCUUUGCUGGAACCGCAGGUCCGCGCCAAGGUGACUGUGUUAAGGUCGGACUACGCUUCGACGUUGCGGGAGCUCGUCGACCCCCGGGACUUGCCUCGAGCGUUCGGGGGCGACGACGACUGCGAGGUCGGGGAGGCGCCCGAGGAGCUGGCUUUGAGAAAGUGGGUCGUCGAGAAGUGUUCGCAGGGGCUGGACGAUGUUGAUUCGUCGCCGUCGCUCGGCGAGGCGUCGGAUUCCGGUGAGGGGUAAUUGUGGUAUCUAGUU